AUGCUAAAAAUCUUAAUUCCAACAAUUAUGCUUUUCCCAACCAUUUGACUAACACCCUCAAAAUGACUCUGAACCACCACGACACUCCAAAGCCUAAUUAUUGCCCUAAUUAGCCUUACCUGAAUUAAAUGAUCAUCAGAAACAGGUUGAACCAUGUCUAAUCUCUAUAUGGGUAUUGACCCCCUUUCAAUGCCGCUACUAAUCCUAACCUGCUGAUUACUGCCACUAAUAAUCCUUGCCAGUCAAAAUCAUGUUAAAACAGAACCAAUCAGCCGACAACGAAUCUAUAUUACCCUCCUAACCUCCCUACAAACUUUUCUAAUUAUAGCAUUUGGAGCCACCGAAAUCAUUAUAUUUUAUAUCAUAUUCGAAGCAACCUUAAUCCCAACUCUGAUUAUUAUUACCCGUUGAGGAAAUCAGGCCGAACGCCUCAGCGCCGGAACCUACUUCUUAUUUUACACCUUAGCAGGCUCGCUCCCCCUAUUAGUAGCCCUCCUCUUACUACACCAAAAUAUAGGCACUCUUUCAAUAUUAACCAUUCAAUACUCCCAACCACUAAACCUCAAUUCAUGAGGAGACAAAAUCUGAUGGGCCGGAUGUUUAAUUGCAUUCCUAGUAAAAAUACCCCUAUACGGAGUCCACCUAUGAUUACCAAAAGCCCACGUUGAAGCCCCAGUAGCAGGUUCCAUAGUACUAGCAGCAAUUCUCCUAAAACUAGGAGGCUAUGGCAUAAUGCGCAUAAUAAUUAUGUUAGACCCACUAUCCAAAGAUCUUAUCUACCCAAUUAUGGCCCUUGCCCUAUGAGGAAUUAUUAUAACCGGCUCAAUUUGUUUACGACAAACAGAUUUAAAAUCAUUAAUCGCUUACUCAUCCGUAAGCCACAUAGGUUUAGUAGCAGGAGGAAUCCUAAUUCAAACCCCAUGAGGAUUUACCGGAGCAUUAGUAUUAAUAAUUGCCCACGGACUAGUUUCAUCCGCCCUAUUCUGUCUAGCAAACACAAUAUAUGAACGAACCCACAGCCGAACAAUGAUCCUCGCCCGCGGCCUACAAAUCAUCUUUCCACUCACAGCCACAUGAUGAUUUAUCUCUAAUCUAGCAAACCUAGCACUUCCUCCUCUACCCAAUCUAAUAGGAGAGCUAGUAAUUAUCACAGCAAUAUUUAACUGAUCCCCCUGAACCCUAAUUUUAACUGGAGCCGGAACACUAAUCACUGCAGCCUACUCCUUAUACUUAUUCCUAAUAACACAACGAGGCCCAGUCCCAAAACACAUCAUUAAUUUACAACCAUAUCAUACACGAGAGCACCUCCUCAUAGUUCUCCACCUACUCCCCGUUAUUCUACUCAUUAUGAAGCCCGAAAUCAUAUGAGGCUGAUGAUAUU